AAAGACAAGGCGCCCUUAAAAGCUAUCCUUUCUGUCAUUUUGCUUUUUUUGAGAAUUGGUGUCGUUUUUAGUGAGAGAAUUGGAAUAGAAGAGAAGAAGAUAAAAAUAGCGUAAAAGUUCUCUACACACACAGAGAGAGCGAAGAGGAGGAAGAAGAAGAAGAAGAAGAAAGAAACAGAGAGAGGGUGUUAACUGAGUGAUUAAUCAUCAGUCAUGGCCAUAGUGGAAUUUCAGGCCUUGGAUUGGUUCGUCUGAUUUUGUUUCUUCUUCACAGUUGUUAAAGAUUUUGUGGGUUUAAGAUCUGAGAUGGAUUUUACAGAGUCUACAAGAGUGGUUUAUAAUAGAAUCCAGAUUUUAGAGCCUGAAAAUGUUUCUAAGAUCAUUGGCUAUCUUCUAUUGCAAGAUCACGGUGAGCGAGAGAUGAUCCGAUUGGCUUUCAGCCCGGAUAAUCUGAUCCAUUCUUUGAUCAAUAAAGCCAAAACGGAGCUUGGCUUGUCCAAACCGGCAGUUUCUUCUCCAAUCUCACCUCAUCAGCUGAACCAAGCACCUGUUUCAGACCUGCCUUUACAUUUCUCUUCAUACUCACCAGCUUCAUCAGUGCGUUCAAUUUCCUCUCCUGCAACUAUAUUGGCAGCAAAUUCAUACUGGGAUUCCCAAUUAGCUGCUGAUCAGCAACAUGUGCAUAAUGUAGACCUUGUUCCACAAGGGUAUCCGGAUUCAGUUGGUGAAGAUUUCCAUCUCCAAGAACAAUUACAGUUCUUGAGUUUGGAAGAUCCAAUGGAAUCUGUCAAUUCGGUUAGUUCAGACUUUUCAAACAAUUACUAUUACCCUGAACCUGCAUUGGGUGUGAGAACCAGUCGAAGGUCUCCAAGCAUGCCGGAAUUUCCUGUAAAGAUUUGCCAUUACUUCAACAAGGGGUUUUGUAAGCAUGGAAACAACUGUAGGUACUUUCAUGGCCAUCCCAUGGGGGAGAGCUUUUCACAGAUUUUUAAUUCGAAUUCAAGUGAGCUUUCGAAUGAUGAUCAUGCCAUUUCUCCUGGGUCUCUUGAGAAGCUGGAGGUGGAGCUAACUGAGCUUUUGAAAUCAAGAAGAGGUUUUCCAGUAUCAAUUGCUUCUUUACCAAUGAUGUAUUAUGAGAAAUUUGGGAGGACUCUUCAGGCUGAGGGUUACCUUACUGAGAGCCAGAGACAUGGUAAGGCUGGCUACAGUCUGACAAAGCUUCUUUCUCGAUUGAAGAACAGAAUCCGUGUCAUUGACAGGCCUCAUGGACAGCACUCAGUUAUCUUGGCCGAGGAUUUUCCAAGAUAUCUAGAGUAUACUGGUGAGAAAAAUGAUCCCGGUGGCAUUGUUGCUGGUUCUCGACAGAUUUAUCUUACUUUUCCAGCUGAAAGUUCCUUCACCGAGCAAGAUGUUUCCAACUACUUCAACAAAUUUGGACCUGUUCAAGAUGUAAGGAUUCCAUGCCAACAGAAGAGGAUGUUUGGAUUUGUUACCUUUGUUUACCCAGAGACAGUAAGACAGAUUUUAUCAAAGGGAAAUCCUCAUUUUGUAUGUGGGGCUCGUGUCCUGGUGAAACCUUACAGGGAAAAGUCAAGGCUUGUUGACAGGAAGUUUUUGGAGAAAAUACAGCCACCCAUGUGCUGCAGUCCGCACUUUAUAGACGGAGAUUCAGAGUUUCACUCUAUGCCGAGAGUAUGUGAUCAUUCAAGGUUGCUGAGGAAGCAACUAAUUGAGGAAAAUGAGCAAGCUUUUGAACUUGAGAGAAGAUGUCUUUCGGAGUUGCAAUUAGGUGCUAAGCCAUUGUCUCAUCGUCCCUACUAUGGCUACUCAAUGGAUGAUUUGAAACUUCCGGAAGCAUCUGCAGAACAAGCUGAUUUCCCAUCUGCUGAGCGUUUUAACUAUUUGAUGGAUGUUUUUAACAAUGGUUCAAGCAGUGAGGAUAAACUCUGGCAUAUUAACACUAAUUAUAAAGACCAAGAUAGCGGCCAAGGACUUAACCUUCCAGAGAGCCCAUUUGCAUCAUCAAUGGCGAAUGGCAUAUCAACAGUUAUAUAGAUAUUUGGACAAACAGAAAGUAUAGAGGUAGAAGAUUGGAUUCUGAGAGACUAAUUCAGGGUUUGAUACAACAGGACUUUCUUUCUCUUCCUUCCUUUUUUUUUUUUUUCAUGUUAAUUAUAUUUUACCUCAAAGUUGACGGGCAAGUCAACUACGUAGGAGGUCAUACGAACGGAGAGAGGAACACUAGAAGGUUCUUCUCCAUAUUACUUUUUGGUGGAGAUAGUAAAGUUAAUCGAAUACAGAAAGGCUAAUAUGUAACAGGUUCUUUUUUUUUUUUUUUUUUUUUUUAAAUUUUUUACAAGCCUUUUUUCCUUUCUAAAAUGUAAUCACAGAAAGCAAGCAAGGGAAGCUUGUGGGUUUUAGGAGAGAAUGUAAUAUGUAGUAUGCUUUAGUUUAAAGAAUGUAGUGAAAGAAUUCAGGUUGCAGAGCAAAAGAGGAAAAAGGGUUUAGAGAUCUCUGUUACACUGAAACAAAUGCUAAUAAAAUCUAAUUUAUACAAA